CUCGAAUUAUUGGUGCCUCCAUUGAGGUAAUAGUAGGUAUCCAUUGCGCUGACUCAGUACGAUAUACCUACGCAACAGAUUCUCGUGGACUACCGUGAGCUCACUCAAGAAAUAACGCCUGCAGUUCUGCAAUACAGACGAUCCAGCCGAAGGGCAGUAUCUCACUUCCCAACGGAAGAACCGAGAAGUCGCGAUGUCGUCCAGCGACGCGCAGACAUAUACAAGCACCAGAGGCGGUUCGUCGGGACUAUCAUUUGAAGACGUAGUACUCAAGGGUCUCGCUGAAGAUGGCGGUCUCUUCGUCCCCCAAUCGAUACCUUUACUUCCUUCCAAUUGGCGCGAGUGGGCAAGCUUAAGUUUUGAAGAUCUAGCCUUUGAGAUCAUGUCACUGUAUAUUGCGCGUUCUGAGAUAGAUUCAGAAAGCUUGAAAGAGAUUGUCAGAAAGAGCUAUGGGACAUUCCGACACAAAGAUGUUACUCCUCUGGUACCACUGGACAAAGCCAAGAAUCUAUACCUGCUUGAACUUUUUCACGGGCCGACAUUUGCAUUCAAAGAUGUAGCGCUCCAGUUCCUAGGCAACCUGUUCGAGUAUUUCCUUGUCAGGCGCAAUGCCAAUCUACAGGAGGGCGAAAAGAGACACCAUCUGACGAUUGUUGGGGCCACCAGCGGAGAUACUGGUUCUGCUGCGAUAUAUGGCCUUCGGAAUAAGAAGGACGUGUCAGUUUUCAUUCUCUUUCCCACUGGGCGGGUGUCUGCCGUCCAGGAAGCGCAGAUGACGACAGUGCUAGACCCCAACGUGCAUUGUCUCUCUGUUGCGGGCACAUUCGAUGAUUGUCAGGAUAUGGUCAAAGCGCUGUUCGCGGAUACUGAGAUUCGAAAAUCGCAGCACCUCGCUGCUGUCAACUCGAUAAACUGGGCCAGGAUCCUGGCACAGAUCACGUAUUACUUUUCAGCAUACUUUUCCCUGGUCCGACAAGAAGGACUGGACCCCAACGGCGAACCCCCACACGUAACAUUUACAGUGCCGACGGGCAACUUCGGCGACAUCCUGGCCGGGUUCUUUGCCAAGCGCAUGGGUCUACCGAUCGCGAAAUUAGUUGUAGCCACAAACGAAAACGACAUUUUAUACCGCUUUUGGCAAGCCGGCAAGUACGAGAAGAAGUAUGCUCCGCCGAAUGACCCCAGCACCCACGGUGGAAUAGCUGCAGACGGGGCGGCCGCGCAUGAGGAGGGCGUGAAGGAGACACUCAGCCCUGCCAUGGACAUUCUUGUCAGUAGCAAUUUCGAGCGUCUAGUCUGGAUCCUCCUGUACGAGCAGCAGCUCGGCGCGCCCGCCACCACGACCGCGACCGCGACCGGAGAAGGCAACACAGCAGACGCCGCAAGAAGACAGGCUAGCAAGGAUAUCAACAGCCUCUUCGCAAGCCUCAAGGCCAGCGGCUCCUUCGAAGUCUCCCAGCCAGUCCUGCAGGCCGCCCUCGGAGACUUUGGCGCCGAGCGCGUCUCAGACGACGAAACCGUCGCGACCAUCAAGGCCAUCUACGCCGGAAACGACGCCUACAUCCUCGACCCGCACUCCUCCAUCGGCGUCACGGCCGCGCUGCGCUCCAUCGCAAAGACGUUUGAAGACCCGCUCCCGCAGCACACGAGGCGCUAUCUCGUCAGUCUCGCCACCGCUCACCCGGCCAAGUUUGCAAACGCCGUCGAUCUCGCGCUCUCGGGCGUGCAGGCUUAUACCUUUGCCGAUAUUAUCCCCGCUGAGUUCGCCGGCUUGGAGCAGAAGGAACGCAAGGUCAGGCUGAUUGCUGCGCAGGACCGCAGUCUGGCUGGGAUCCGCAGUGUCAUUGUCGAUGAGGUCAGGAAGGAGAGUGUUGCGUCAUGAAUGCUUGGGACGAACGCUGGACCUUGCCUGGGUAUCAGGUACCCUCAUUCUCCGUGACUCGGCUCCCUGGCAUUCACAGGGGAAGCAUUGGUUCGUAGACUGGAUGAAUAGAUUACGAUAUUAAAAGUGCAAAUACAAAAGCCUUGUUGAGUUCAUGACAGCUUGUUGUUUCUCAUUGUCAUUAUGUGCCCUUUGUCUGCCCAACAUCUGUGUGCCUCCCUCCCCUCCCGGAGGAGGGGGGUGGGACUGAAUCAGGGCUGUAUCGGAGGAGUCCGCCAGUCUAAACUUGGAACAGUCCUGUACCUU